UGUGAUCGAGAUGAUCCUGCUUCUGCUAAGCUACUUUGAUGAGAAGGAGGAGUCCAUGUUCUUCCAUGUAGAAGAUACAUGUCUGGUAGAAGAGGUCCAACUGGAGCAAGUACCUCUGACACCCACUAUUAUUGUCUGUGGACAGUCCUGCUAUUCCUCAACAAGGUACAUGCUGAGUCUGGAUCGGAACCUUAUCAACACAAACAUCUCCUCCUUCAUUUCUGCACUGUGCCUCAUGUUCGGGAGCUACUACUGUUUUAACAUCCAUUAUCCAUCUGAGCUGGCUUCAACCCUGGAGUUUCUUCAAAGGUGUUUUUUCUUGAUAAACCCAGAAAAAGGAACCAAAGUAGAGAACAAAAACUCCAAGCGUCAUCUCAACGUGAACCCUCGCGUCCUCACCCUGAUACAGGAACUCUGAUCACGAGUGGUGUGCCUAAAUAUGGACUCUUUCUGUGGACUCUGACUGUUUGUUUGAGAAGAGGUACUGUUAGUCUUUGCAAUGUUUAAAUCCAUGAUGUGUUCCAAAGUAUGGUAUAAAACUUAUUUACCUUUCAUUUAUUCAAUUAGAGCUGUUUUUAUUGCAAAAAAUACCUUAACAAACUGUGAGGGGGCUCACCUCUCCACAGAUCUGAUCUGUAAUUUGGCCUGUUGGCAUCACCUGAUUGUCUCCAUGGAGAUAUAGUUUUAUGCCAUA